AGCAAAACCACAAGCACCAGUGUUUCAGAACUGGAUAAGACAAUGAUGUGAAUUCCAUGCUAAAUGAUUCAUCAUGUCAUGUUUGGUAAUAAACACAACAUGUUUGAGUUUGCAGUGUAUAAAUGCAGCACAUGCAGCAGUGUCGUUCACAGAGAGCAGAAAGCAUGGUUCUGGUUCUGGUUCUGGUUCUGAUGCCCAUGGUUUGGGCUCAGCCGUACCCCAUACCACCAACCUGUUACACUAAAGUGCUGAACAUGGGCACAGAAAUCACUCAAAGAGCGGCGGACAUUAAAAAUGACUACGACACAUAUAGAUGCGCAGCUCACCUGCCCGACCUGUACAUCGAUGUUCAUAACGCUUGUGUAAUGUCCACUAUGAACUCUUAUGUGUCUCUGCUGGGCGGCCUGAGAGAACGCCGGUGUUCCUACAACAGGAAAGUGCAAACACUCGCUGCCAUGAUUAGACAACUCUAUAUCAUUAUAUCACAAAAAUGUCACGGGGACUUGGUUUUUACCCAUGAUAACUGUGAAGCAUUGCAGUCCAGAGGACGGAGAGGCUGAGCAUCUCAUACAUCACUGGAGGAGGAUUGGACCAAGAUCAUGAAGAGCCCAUGACUCAGCAUGAUAACAGAUGUUAUUCAUAAUCAGUAGUUAAAAAAAAAAAUCAAAAAAAAA